GCCGUGCGCGUCAGAGCGUGCACGAGCAUGUUGAGGGAGAGCAUCUGCCUCCAGUCGCGCGCUCACCGGGAGGAUGCUGCCUCGGUUCAGACAACAGCGGCGGAGCUGAGCAGGACCCGGACCCGGACUUCACACGGUCACACCGACGCACCGGAGAUCUGCCGGGACCUGCAGCGGGCCGAGAGGCGCCGGGAGCCGGGCUGAGAUUCUCCUCAGAGCCGCGGAGCGAGGAGCGAGCGGCGGCGGGAGGAUGAAGAGAAGCGGCCAGAGCAGACGGGGGGUCCAGGACUCGGGUCAGCCAGUGGUCCAGCAGCCAGAGAAAGUGGGCUGGAUCAGGAAGUUCUGUGGCCGAGGGAUCUUCAGAGAACUGUGGAGGAACCGGUUCGUGGUCCUGAGAGGAGACCACCUGUACAUCUCUGACAAAGAGGUGAAGGAUGAGCGUAAAGCGCAGGAAGUGUUCGACCUGGCUGAUUACGAGCGUUCGGAGGAGCUGAGGAAAGCAAAGAGUCGCAGCAAGAAGAACCACAGUCGCUUCACGGUGCUGCGCUGCAGAACGCCGGGAAACAGCGUUCCUAACCUUGUGUUUCUCGCCGUGAGUCCUGAGGAGAAGGAAUCGUGGGUCAACGCCCUCAAUGUGGCGAUCAUCAAAGCCAAGAACAGAGUUUUAGAUGAGGUGACCAUUGAGGAGGACAGUGCGCUGGUUCAUCCCACCAGAGACCGAGCAAAGAUCCCUCAUGGCCGCCGGCUGCCGACCCGGGGACACCUCAUGGCCGUGGCGUCCACCUCCUCCCAUGGCAUGCUGACCCUUGACCUGGUCACUGAGGAGGAUGGGUUCUUCCCAGACUACAAUGACGACUCUCGGGAGUCUUGGGAGAACAGCUUCCGGGUUGACCUGCAGAGGGGGGGCUCUUGUGGACAGGUGGCAGUUGUGGGAUCUCGUAGAGUUGGGGGUCGUCAACGGGCUGGCACCGAUGUCUCGAAGCUAAGGGCGACGUCCAAAGAGCCCAAGGUGAAGACUGGCAGUCUGCCCAGGGGGAGUGAGCGGACCUGGGGCAAACAGUCCCACCUGGAGGCCUCCAGGGUCCUCAAGACCCAGCAGGUAGAGGUCUUUCAGGCUCAGUCUCGAACCCCGCAGCCCGGGAAGAGGUUCAGCAUGCAGGGUCGGAGUCGCUGUGCCUCCAUGGAUGAAGUCCUCUCCUCCAGACCGGCGAUGAUACGUUCGGAGUUGCGGUCGGCUCUUCGUCGUUGUCCAACUGAAGAGGAGGCGGGCGGGUGUUCUCCAGUGCAGCCGGUCGGUCAGCUGCAGAGCCUCAUUGCCCAGAGGAUGCAGAGAGCCCAGGAGCUGCUGGAGGAGAUGAGGCUGCAGGAGUUGCAGAAAGCCAAAGCAGAAAGAGAACGAGGAAGCAGUUCACCUUACCUUAAAGGCAUCGACUCCCCUCGACUCCAUCACCUCAGGGGCUCUGACUCUCCUCACUCCAGCAGGUCAUCUGGUUCUCCGAGGAGCAGGAGCAGCGACUCUCCUCGCCUUCGGGGGAAAGACUCUCCUCGUCUGAGAGGAAGAGAGUCUCCUCGAUCCAAAGCCAGGAAGAAUCGCUCUAAAGGGGCUGACUCGCCUCGCUCCCGAGGAUCCCAUUCUCCCGCCACAAAAGCAAACGACUCCCGACUGAAGGAUUCGCCUCAUCUGACAUCCACCGACUCUCCUCAAUCAAAGAGCUCUGACACCAUCUGUUCACCAAAACUCGAGGGGUUGCCUGGCCCCUCUGGUCUCAACAAGGACGACUCUCCUGUGCAGAGGUCGCCUGAAUCACCUCCGUCCGUCAGAGAAUCCGACUCCUCUCAGGUUAAAGGAUCUGAUUCACCACGAGGCAGCGAAACCGACUCCCCUCGUCUGGGGAGCAGCAAGGAGUCGCCCUGUCCGAGCCAGAAGAACUCCCCGAGUUUCUCCAGAUCCUUCGAGUCCUCUCAGCCAAAAACCCCCGACAAACACCGCCUGUCUCCGCCCCUGCCGCCCUCACCUCCCUCCCUGCUGUCAGAGGAGGAUGCAGAGGUGGAGAGGAGGCGCGCCGAGGCAGAGCGCCUCCUGGAGGAGGCUGUGUCAUCAUGGAAGGAGGCGCAGGAGGUGCUACAGGAGGUGAAGGAGCUGCAGAGCCAGACACUGAGGCGACAACGCAGGAGGACCUACGAAAAGAUGACAUCGACAGCGGCGGCCGCCAGGUUGCCCACGCCAACCGCAGCAGCAGAUGAGGACGACACGCCGGCCUCGCCGACGUCACCCGAAGACGACGACGAGUCCGAGACACCUUGACCUGGAGUUUUUCUACAAAUAUUCAUUGAAUUACUGAAUUUUCUCGAUGAGCGUUUCUUCAGCAUGUUUACGCACAAAAACGACAGGUUUUGCAAAAUGUUUUUGUCUCUCCAAUGUUUUUCAUCUUUUAAUGCGGGGACAAUGAGUUCACUUAAACAAAUGUGGAUUAUUUAGAAACCAGCAAUCUACAGUUCUUCCCAGGAGGUUUAAUGACAUUAAUCCUCCUCAGUGCACUAGACUGUCAUCACUUCCACUGUCUCUUUGUGUGACAGAUGUGUCACAUGUAAUUUGAGUUAAUACAGUUUUAAAGGAGAGCCCCCCCCUUCUCUAAUGGUGCUGCAUGUUUUUGUCUUUUUAUGCUGAAAGUGAAGUGAAAAGCCUCUCUGUUGAUUUCAAAGACAUGUUUUUUCUCCUGUACGUUUUUGGGCAGAGAUAUUUGGGGUUUUGACAUGAAUUUAAAAAAAAGAAACAGUUUGUUCAAAAAGACAAUUUUUUCAAGAGAAGAUGUCAGAAUUUUUACAAUGGGAAUCUUUUUCAUUGAUGGCACUGAAGAGCACUAUGUUUCCUACGGUUUGAGGUUGUUGUAAAUUUCUUCUUUUUAGAGUGAUGAUACACUGAUGCUGAUUAUUAAGAAUUUAAAUAUCUGUUACCUGAUUUAUUUGCUAACGUAAGCUGAAUAAUGUCUUUUUGUGUGACAUUUCUGUUCAUAAAAUAUGUAAUUUAGUUGUAGCUUCAUAUUUCCCUCUUAAAAUGUACUUCCAGCUCACUGUUAUUAUAUGUUUUUAACCUCAAUUUUCACAUUAACAGUGAGAUUUUUUUUUUCAAGCUACAACAAAAAUCAGGGAGUGAAAUAUUCUACACGAUGAAGAGAGAAUAAGCAAUAAUGUUAAUGACUUUAGUUGUAAAUCAGUUUUGGGCUGAUUAAACUGUUAGGAGGAAAUAAUUAGCUGUUGGGCCUCUUUAAACUCUGGUCCCUCUCUCUGUGCAAUAUGGAGUUUGAAAGAUUAUUGGCUUUAGAUUUACUGUGAGGUAAAAUAAAUUAAUAUGCAACAUGAAACAUAAACUGAAACUUAGACACCGUUGUGUUGCUGUAUUUUACCAACAGUUUGAAUUUAGUCAGUGCAGUUAGAUUCAGACUGAAACUCUGUGUAAAGCUAACAUCGAUUUUAAGAGUUUAAAAAAAUCCAGUAACAUAAAUAAACAUUUUGAUUCAGAGCCUGUAAAUACUGAAACUAUGGAGCCUGAGAGGGGACAUGGAGGAAAAAAAGUCUGACGGCUGGAAAAAACGUACAUUUGUGAGAACUUUUUCCUCCAUGUCCGCUCUCAAGUGCCGUAUAAAAGUGAUGUUAGUUAAAAUAUAAACUCGACAUAAACACAUUUACAUCUCAUAGAUACGAACAGAUGAUGAAAUUAAUGCGUCAUAGACCAGUGACUGUGUGAAGAUGGAUGGAGUGUGAUGUCAUGACUGACAGCUGCAGCUGACUCCUGACUGGUUGGGUGUGUGUGUGGGCGGGACUUUCAUACCUCCACUCCACCCUCCAAUCAUUACUGUACAGACUCUACAUCACCAACACAAGAUGGCAGCGCUUGUAUCCAGCAUCUGUUAGCUUCAUGUUUGUUCAGCGGGAGGAAGUGGAGACGAGUCGGCCAUCUUUGUUUGCAGUCACUGGUUGAGACAGAUGAUGAAAUACUUGUAAAUGUCAAAAUAAGUGUCGCAAACAGAUGAAAUAUUACAAAAUAUACAAACCACUUCAAUACAGUUAGAAAUAUUUAUCGAACAUAAUCAGUGCUGAAAACAUAUUAUGUACUAAUCUGUAUAUCAGCAUAAAAUAAAUCAGUUUAUCUAAAAAAAAUUAAAGUAGCUGUUUAAGUAAACACUUGAACAAACUCACAAAUAACAGAAAUAAUUGUUAGCCGCAGUUCUGGAUAAAAAAAAAUCUUUUUCUUUAUUAAAAAACACACUUUUAUUUAACAUGAACAGAAGGAAAAGUUUUAAUACUGAUCAGAUAUCAGCUGAUAAAUUGGUCUCUCUCUGUUUCAAAUCAUUAUUGUUGCUACUGUAACGUUAAAUUUUCACAGUAAUUAUUUAUUUAUUUCUGUCACGUCACGUUUUAACAGUUGUUUCUCUUUUUGCACAUUAGACAUGAAUAUUAGAACGAACUCAGUUUGUAGACGACGGCACUGAAACUGUACGAGAUAAAAACAUGAUGAGUCAUUGUUCUGUGAGUGAUGUUGGUGAAAAAACCUUUUCAUUUUUAUUUUAAAGUUUCUGCACAUUUAAAACCAGACUCUAUAAUUUACUAUUUCACUGUGUUCACUUUAAAAAACUUAUUUUAAAUGUUCUUUAAAGGUUUAUAUGUUGAUGUUGUUUGAAUUAAUGUAAACAGCAAUGCAUUGUGGGUAAAUGGCGCCAAAAAAAAACAAAACACUGUGUUUAUUUCCUGUUUUGAGCAUCCAGACCUCGUCUUCACAUGCAAAAUAAAAUAAGCUAAAGAAAC